UGCGACUAACCUUCGCUCGCGGUAUAGAAGGACUGGACCAGCAAAUAUGGCAUCAAAUUGAGAUUGAUGUUCCGCGCACAAGGCCUGGUGUCCGAUUGUGGAUGGAAAGAGGAACUCAAAGGAGCCUCGAGAGGAUCCUUUAUGUUUGGGCCAUUCGACAUCCAACUAGCGGCUAUGUUCAAGGCAUCAACGAUCUAGUCACGCCUUUCUUCCAGGUAUUCUUGGGUGGAUAUAUAGGUGGGUACCCAGCUCUGGUGCUUUCGACCCAGGCUCAACAUUCGGACCCUUCGACAUUUGACCCAGCACUCCUAUCACCAUCUGCGCUAAAUGCCUUGGAGGCCGACUGCUUCUGGUGUCUGUCAAAGUUAUUAGAUGGAAUUCAGGACAAUUACAUCUCUGGACAACCCGGUAUACAUCGCAGUGUACGAUAUCUGAGUGGUCUUGUGGGUCGUGUUGAUCCACCUCUUGCGAAACACCUCCAGUCUCAAAACGUCGAGUUUAUGCAGUUCGCAUUCCGGUGGAUGAACUGUCUUUUGAUGCGCGAACUAAGUGUAAAGAAUACCAUCCGGAUGUGGGAUACCUAUCUG